CAGUCAUUCAUCAUGCUGAGGCUUGUUGUUUUCGCCGCUCUUGUCCUUCUUGGACACUGUUCAGAGGAGCCGCUGAAGGGAAAUGAACGUGUUGUUGGGGGUUACGAGGCAAGGAAGCAUGCAUGGCCAUCACAGAUUUCCCUCCAGUACGCUUCGGGAGGCAGCUGGUACCACACGUGCGGUGGGACAUUGUUGCGACCAAACUGGGUGAUGACAGCAGCUCACUGUGUGGACAGAAACAUGAAUUUUCGUGUGGUUGUGGGCGACCACAACAUUUAUCAGAAUGAAGGGACAGAACAAUACAUAAGCGUGGGGAGAAAAUAUAUUCACCCAUCCUGGAACAGCAACAAUGUGGCUGGAGGCUAUGACAUUGCCUUACUCCAACUCUCUCAGAGUGCAAGUCUUAACAGCUACGUGCAGCUUGGGGCCUUACCUCCAUCUGGCCAGAUCCUGCCCAACAAUAAUCCCUGUUACAUUAGCGGAUGGGGCAUGACCAGAAGUAAUGGACAGCUGGCAACGGUCCUGCAGGAAGCCUAUCUCCCUGUGGUGGAUUAUUCAACCUGCUCCAGUUCAUCCUAUUGGGGAUCCACAGUCAAGAAUACCAUGGUGUGUGCCGGAGGUGAUGGGGCACGCUCUGGAUGCCAGGGGGAUUCUGGAGGUCCGUUACAUUGCCUGGUGAAUGGGGCAUACUAUGUGCACGGAGUCACUAGCUUUGUUUCCAGUUCUGGCUGCAAUGUCUACCGGAAACCUACAGUGUUUACCCGGGUCUCUGCCUACAUUUCUUGGAUCAACAGUAUCAUUUACUAAAACAAUACUACAUGGGAAGCUAAUGCAAUUGCCUGGUCAGAAAAUGCUGCAAAUAUUUCUUUGAACAUCAUGAUUUCUGUAAUCCAACCCCAAAAUAAAGCUAUGCAUGCUGUUA